CCUGUGUGACACUGACACACCUGUGUGACACACCUGGGGACACUGACACACCUGUGGGUGACACCUGUGACACCCCUGGGGACACCGGGGGGGUUUGGGGACUCCGCGUGCCUCGGGGCUCGGUGCCACCUGGGGCCGUUUUUGUCACUCCGGUGCCACUCUGGUGCCACUCUGGUGCCAUUUUUGUCACCUUAACGCCGUUUUCUGCCCCUUUGUCCCCCCCUGUCCCCCCCUGGCACCCCCGUGGUGACACCGGGUGGCACCUGGUGACACUUGAUGCCAUCUAGUGCCACCCGAUGUCCCCUUGGUGCCGCUUUGGUGCCACUCUGGUGCCAUUUUCCGCCCCUUUGUCCCCCCCGUCCCCCCGUGGUGCCACUCUGGUGCCAUUUUUGGCCACUCCGGUGCCAUUUUUGUCCCUUUGGUGCCACUCUGGUGCCCCUUUCCGCCCCCCUGUCCCCCCCCGGUGUCCCUGGGUGUCCCUGGGUGUCCCUGGGUGUCCCUGGGUGCCAGGCGAUGCCCGUUGGUGCCACUCUGGUGCCAUUUGGUGCCAUUUGGUGCCAUUUUUGUCCCUUUGGUGCCACUCCGGUGCCCCUUUCCGCCCCCCGGUGGUGUCCCUGGGUGUCCCUGGGUGUCCCUGGGUGUCCCUGGGUGUCCCUGGGUGUCCCUGGGUGCCAGGCGGUGCCCGUUGGUGGCGCAGGGACCUGCGCGGGAACCCCCUGCGCUGUGACUGCGCCCUGCGCUGGCUCCUGGCCUGGCUGGGCACCCGCCCCUCCCCCCCCGAGGGGCGCUGCCGAGAGCCCCUCCCCCACCUGGGCACCGCCCUGGCACAGCUCAGCCCCCGAGAGCUCCAGUGCCACCGAGACGAGCUGCGGCCGUUCCAGUCGCUGCCGUUCCAGUCCCUGGGGGCCGCGCCCUUCGCCCUGGGGGGGCACCCGGGGGUGGCCCUGGCGCAGCCGCUGGCCGGGGCCUGCGCCCUCCUGGAGUGGGACCAGCUCGGGGGGAGGUUCCGGGCCCAGAGCGUCGUCAACGCCUCCUCCCCGGUGGCCUGCCACCCCAUCCCGCUGGGUGACACCCUCCUGCUGGUGGUGGCCCAGCUGGGCGGCGGCUCCUGGGUGUGGCGCCGCUCGGGCGGCCCCGGCUCUCCCUUCGUGCGCCACCAAGCCCUGGGCCAGGGCCACCUGCGCCGUCCCCACGCCGUCACCUCCGCCCACCUGGGCGGCCACCUCUACCUGGCCGUGGCCGACAGCUCCAAGGGCGGCACCAGCACCGUCUUCCGCUGGGCUUCCAGAGCCUUCUACCCGCACCAGGCGCUGCGGCCGUGGCGGCGCGACACGCACCUGGAGUUCCUGGAGCUGGGCGGGCGGGCGGCGCUGGUGGUCUGCAGCGCGGCCAGGAGGCCCCAGGUGUACCGCUGGAGCGGCAGCGCCUUCGCGCCCCACACGGACAUCCCGCACGCGCCCGACGCCUACGCCGCCAAGCACUUCCGCGCCGGCGGCGGCGACGGCGGCGGCGGCGUCUUCUUGUGCGUCACCAGGUUCUUGGGGGACGCCAAGGUGAUGCGCUGGGAGGGCUCCAUGUUCCGCGAGGUGCAGGCGGUGCCGGCGCGCGGCUCCCUGGUGUUCCAGCCGCUGCUCCUGGCCGGCCAGCGCUUCGUCCUGCUGGGCAACGACUUCGCCCCCAGCCGCGUCUUCCGCCCGGGCGCCGGCGGCCGCCUGGAGCCGGUGCAGGAGCUGCCGGCGCCCUCGCCCCGCGCCUUCGUCCCCCUGCGCGCCGGCCAGCGCCACUUCCUGCUGGCCACCAGCUUCAAGGGCGCCACGCAGAUCUACGCGCUCGUCAGCGAGGACGUUGGCACCUGAGGGACACCUGGGGACACUUGGGGACACCUGAGGGACACCUGGGGACAGCUGGGGACAGCUGGGGGGGACAGCUGGGGACAGCUGGGGACAGCUGGGGACAUCUGGGGACAUCAACACCUGAGGGGACACCUGAGGGACACCUGGGGGGGACAGCUGGGGACAGCUGGGGACAUCAGCACCUGAGGGACACCUGGGGACACUUGGGGACAUCAACACCUGAGGGACACCUGGGGACACCUGGGGACACCUGGGGACAUCAGCACCUGAGGGACACCUGGGGAGAGCUGGGACACCUGGGGGGGACACCUGGGGACAGUCAGAUCUAUGCCCUCGUCAGCGAGGACAUCGGCACCUGAGGGACACCUGGGGACAGCUGGGGACAUCAGCACCUGAGGGGACAGCUGGGGACACCUGGGGACAUCUGGGGACAUCAGCACCUGAGGGGACAGCUGGGGACACCUGGGGACACCCAGAUCUACACCCACGUCACCGAGGACAUCGGCACCUGGGGACAGCUGGGGACACCUGGUGGCAUCUGGAGGGCCGUGGGGAUGGUGGUCACCGUGUCACCAUGGAGAUGGAGACACCGUGGGGACAUGAGGGGACACCUGGGGACACUGUGGGGACACCGUGGGGACACCUGGGGACACCGUGGGGACAGCGGUGCCACCGUGGGCUGGUGCAGCUGCAGGGACGUGGGGACGUCCCCUGGGCUCGGUCACCUGAGGGACACACGGGGACAUCGACCGGACACAGCAGGGACCUGGGGCCACCCUCACCCCGAUGGCCCCAGGGUGUCCCCUCAUGUCCCCACGGUGUCCCCAGCUCCAUGACACUGUGGUGGCCACCAUCCCCACGUCCCUCCAGAUGCCACCACCACAGGUCCCCACCAUGUCCCCUCUGGUGUCCCCUGGUGUCCCCAUCUCCAUGGUGACAUGGUGGCCACCAUCCUCCGCUGCCACCCCGGUGUCCCCAGGUGUCCCCUCAGGCAGCAGACCCAGGUGUCCCCUUGGACCCUGGAUGCCACCCGGUGUGACACAAUGUCCCCAAGGCCUCGUGUCCCCUCCUGGUGUCACCCUCACCCUGAUGGCCCCAAGGCCACCAUCCCUUCAAUGUCCCCUCCUGGUGCCACCAUGGCCUCAAUGUCCCCAAGGCCAUCACUGACCCGAUGUCCCCUCCUGGUGCCACCAUCACCCCAAUGUCCCCAAGGCCACCAUGGCCCCGAUGUCCCCAAGGCCACCGGCUCCUCAGCGUCCCCUCCUGAUGCCACCAUGUCUGAUGUCCCCAAAGCCACCAUCACUCAAUGUCACUGCCCCAAUGUCCCCAAGGCCUUGUGUCCCCUCCUGGUGUCACCCUCACCCCGAUGUCCCAAGGCCACCAUGGCCCCGAUGUCCCCAAGGCCAUCACUGACCCGAUGUCCCCUCCUGGUGCCACCCUCACCCCGAUAUCCCCAAGGCCACCAUCAUUGUCCCAAUGUCACCCUUGGCCUUGUGUCCCCUCCUGGUGCCACCAUCAUUGUCCCAAUGUCCCCAAGGCCACCAUCACCUCAGUGUCCCCUCCUGGUGCCACCAUCAUUGUCCCAAUGUCCCCAAGGCCACCAUCACCUCAGUGUCCCCUCCUGGUGCCACCAUCACCCCGAUGUCCCCAAGGCCACCGUCACUCAAUGUCACCCUCAGCCUUGUGUCCCCUCCCGGUGUUCCCAAGGCCUCAAUGUCCCCAAGGCCACCAUGGCCCCCAUGUCCCCAAGGCCUCAUGUCCCCUCCUGGUGUCACCGAUGAUCUGAUGUCCCCAAGGCCGUUGUCA